GUGAAAACAGUCCAUUAGCGCUGAGAGCGUAGAGUGAUUUGUUUGUUCUCUGCGUUUUCACAGCGUGGGACAGGCUUUGAGUCCCUCAAAUUCACGCUGAUCGAUUAAAAAUAUCUCCCUCGGUGGGUGAUGAGUCUUACCAAGGAAUCAUGGAAUGGUUUGAGUCGGAAGGGACCUCAAAGCCCAUCCAGUCCCACCCCUGCCAUGGGCAGGGACACCUCCUGCUGGCUCAGGGGCUCCAAACCCCAUCCAACCUGGCCUGGAACCCCUCCAGGGAUGGGGCAGCACCGCUGCUCUGGGCAACCUGGGCCAGGGCCUCCCCACCCUCCCAGGAGAACAUUUCUCCCCAAGAUCUCAUCUCAAUCUCCCCUCUUGCAGCUCAAAGUCUCCCCCCUCAUCCCAUCCCUGCACUAUGUGAUCCAGAGCCCCUCCCCAGCUUUCCUGGAGCCCCUUUCAGCGCUGGAAGCUGCUCUAAGGUCUCUUGGAGUCUUCUCUCCUUCAGGUUGAACAACCCCAACUCUCUCAGCCUGGCCUCGUAUGGGAGGUUCUCCAGCCCUGGGAUCAUCUCCGUGGUCUCCUCUGGACUCACUCCAACAGCUCCAUGUCCUCCCUGUGCUCAGGAUUCCAGAACUGGACUCAGGACUCCAGUUCUCAUCCUUCAAGAAGAGGAGCCAGGACAUCAAAACAACACACAGCAUGAUGACAUCCCUGACCCCACAGGAGAUCCCACCACAAGCACCGAGGCUGUGGACCAGCUGACGGCAUGGCCAACCCUUCCAUGGACCACGCACUCCAUCUCCACUGCUGCGGUGACACAAGCAGGUGCCACUGGGAAUAAAACGGAACAUGCGGCGGCUGUUCCCAUCAGGUACUGGUCCCCCGUCAUUUUUGUGCUGCUCGCUCUGCUCGUGCUCUUCUUCACCUACCGGCGGACCAAGGGGGAAGGGAGCCGGGAUCAAGCUGCCCCUGACAGCAGCUCUUCAGAUCUGGGCGCCUUGGACCACCUCCCUAUCCAGGACACCACUCCCAUAGUCCCCGUUCCCCAGGAGGAGAGGAAGGGGUCAGAGAAACCCUCAACCUCAGCCUACACCGAAACCACCUUCUGUGAGCCGGACCCUUCACCCCCGCCGCCGCCGCCGCAGGUAUUUCACCCCCGAGCCCCCGCGCCGGGGGUGCCACCAGCUGAACCUCAGCCCACGCCGGGGAUGGUUUGUAUGUCCUCAGCACCCAAUUUUCUUCCCCCCAGCCUGAGCCCCACUGCAGCUCCCGCCUGCUCUGAGGAACCCCGAGCAGACUGAGGGGUCUCCUGGGAACUUCCAGACACCCACGGAGCACGAGGCCACCCUUGUGGGGACCAAGAUGGGACGAUGCUCCUACCCAGGAGCCACGGAGUGGUUGGGGACCAUGAACACCACCUCGGCCCUUCCUAGGGAUGCUGGAGCGUGUCCCACGGGAAUGAGGACCCAUGUGGGACAGGGCCAUGCGUGCAAAGCCUCGGGGACUCUGUCCCGCGCACGGCCACGCCAAUAAAGCAGGAUUUCA